UAACCGAAUAUUCCCGUGCACUUAGGGUUGUCUUUUCAGCCAUCUAUAUAAUACCAGUUCCCUGAUUUCCCCGUCGCAUUCUCACUCACUUUUUAGAGCUGCAACCCAAAAACCUUAAAGGGAGGAAAAUAUGGAGCAGACCUUCAUCAUGAUCAAGCCCGAUGGUGUCCAGAGGGGCCUGAUUGGUGAGAUCAUUAGCAGAUUUGAGAAGAAGGGGUUCUAUCUGAAAGGUUUGAAGCUCAUCACUGUGGACCGUGCAUUUGCUGAGAAGCAUUAUGCGGAUCUGUCUGCAAAGCCCUUUUUCAGUGGUUUGGUUGACUACAUUAUUUCUGGUGCUGUUGUUGCUAUGGUUUGGGAGGGUAAGAAUGUCGUGACAACUGGGCGAAAGAUUAUUGGAGCCACAAACCCCUCGGACUCUGCCCCUGGAACAAUUCGUGGUGAUUUUGCAGUUGAAAUUGGCAGGAAUGUUAUUCACGGAAGCGAUUCGGUUGAAAGUGCGAGGAAAGAAAUUGCUCUGUGGUUUCCCGAAGGCCCCGCAAACUGGGGGAGUAGCCUUCACCCUUGGAUCUAUGAGUAAAUGCUUGAUUCAGUGAUUGAGCUGCUGCUUGAUGCCCAACAUCCUUUUUCAUUUAUUGCUAGACUAUUUGGAGAAGCUAGUUAUGAAGUUUUGGCCUCGUCUGGUCAUAUACCUAUUUCCUUAGAACAUUAGACUUGCUGCUUGUCAUUUAAUGUAACGAUAUUUAUUAAAUAUGAAGUUGGAUGUGGGUUUGCGCGGA